UUUUCCUGGGUACUGAAUGGACAAGACGCUCCGCUUCCAUGACACAAAAUGGACGCGCUGCAAGUUUGUGCGCGCGCGCGCUUGGAAGUUCGGCAGCGCCGUUUGCCUGAGUUUAGAAUGUCGGUGUAAAUUUAUCACGGAAAAGGAUCAGGUGUUUGUCAAUACGACGUUAUAAACGUUAAAAAAAGAAACCGCCGGGACGUCUGUAGAUGCCGUAUUCGUGCGGUUUGGAGCUCCGGCCGAGCUGCUUGUGAUGGUAAUCCGUCAUGUAAACAUUAGCAUGUUAGCAUCAGUGCGGUCACGUGCGCUCCGCGAGCCCACGGUAACGGUUUAGUUAAUAAUACGAUAAUUAUCAUCAUCACAAACACGUUUGGUGUGUGUUCGUUCAUCCAAAUCCGGUGUGUAAAACGAAUGUAAACACAAGGAGACAGACUGAGCUAUGAUGGAGAAGCAGCAGUUAGAUGAUCCAUCCGCCAAAGAGGCCACUAAAACCUGGGGCUUCCGCAGGAGCACUAUAGCCAGACGGGAAUUCAUCGAAGAAAUCGGAAACCUGGACCCGGAUACGUCGACGUCGCGUCGGAACCAGCGCCAGCCGAGGGGCAGAGGGAGAGGACGAGGACGGGGCAAGAAGCCUGGUGAUACUACGUCAAGUGCCCCUAAAAAAGCACGAGGAGGCAAGAGAGCGGUCCAGACAAAACUAGAACCAGAGUCUGAUUCAGAUAAUUUCAUCACUGCAUCUCAUCAGCUGUGUUUACCACAAAAGACCAGAUCAGACCUCGAGGCGUCGGAUCAAGCCGAAGAUAGCGACGAGCUCACGCUUCGAGAGCUUCAAGAGCGAGCUAGGAAGCGACAAAGAUCUGAGGAGAACAGCACAGGAACGGCAGAUCUGAACGCUGAGAUUGUAAAUAAAGAUGAGGAAGACUCAUGUGGUCUUCUAGAAUCAGAAGUAAAUGUCUCUUCACUCUUUGAACGAAUGGCCUCCGGCUUCUUACCGAUAACCGAAAGCCAGAAAUCAGCUCAAGGUCUUCAGGAAGAGGAGGAACAGGACAAGCAAAAUGAUGCCGACGUGUCUUCGGAUGGCGAUGAAGAAUACAGUGACCCCAAUGCCAUCUACUGUAUUUGUCAACAGAAACACAAUAAUAGGUUCAUGAUCUGCUGUGACCGAUGUAGCGAAUGGUAUCACGGUGACUGUGUAGGCAUCAGCGAGGCCCGCGGUCGUCUCCUGGAGAAGAACGGAGAGGAUUACAUCUGUCCGUCCUGCUCUCCGUGCCAAAGUCCCUUCGACUUCAUGAAUCAGCAGCCCGGGCUCUGUAGAGAUGCUCUGAGCUCCUCGUCCGAGAGCCUGUUCACCUCCUCGGCCGGAGAAGAGCGACCCAGCGAGGACGAGGGCGUUAAAGGGAAGAUCAGAAAGUCCAGCACUCGCAGCACAAAGAGGAGAUUCAAGAUCUUCCAACCGGUGGAGAUCGUCGAAGCCCCGUCCGAGCCCGAAGGUCGAGCCGCGGCGAGGGAGCAGGACGUGGCCGAGGAGCCGGCGAAAGCGCAGGAGGACGACACGGUGGAGACGGCGAAUGAGAAGGACGAUGCUCCUAAGUGCAUCGGUCCAGGCUGUAGAAACGAUGCUUUGCCUGAAUCGGUGUACUGCGGCCAUCAGUGCAUCAUCCGCCACGCUGCCGCCGCCAUGCACGGCCUCUCAGAGCCCAAAGUGCAGCCUGAGAUAAAAAACAAACCUGCACCUAAACCCACGCUUAAGAUCCACAAUCUGGGAAAACUGUUCAAGAAGAAACCGGCGGAGAAGCCGGUCCAGGUCGAGGACGGCGGAAGUAAGGAGACGGGAUCGACCCCCGCUGCUUCUCUCACCCCUGACCCCGUUCGCAAUGCGAUGGGGGAGCAGCGACCCGCAGCAGUCGCUUCAGCACAGUUUUACAAAGCCACAUCAACAGGCUCAGAAAAGGAGACUGCAAAAAUAAAACCAGAUAAAACAUCGCUCACUGCCCACACUGAGACUCUGACAGCUCCAUCAGAGGCCCCUGCUGCUGAAAAAGCCACUGAGGAACCUGCUCCAUCAGCUCCACCGUUUAAAAAACCUACCUCUAAUCCCCUUCCAAGCCGAGCCAAGAAAACCAUGCCGGGUUCUCCUCGUCUCGCUGUAUCCCGCCAACUCCUGAACGAGGUUCCACAAGCCAACAAGAGUGUCUUUACUGCCCCCCCGAAGCCAUGCCAGUCUCAAGAGGCUUCUAACACACCCCAGGCCUCAAACUCAUCCCCCGACGUCCGAGUCCUGCCCGUCACUCCUGCUCCGGUCCCGCCGUCCAGACCUCUCCAAACUCAUCCCAACAUGCAGAUGAGACAGAACAUCAGGCGGUCUCUAGUUGACACCUUGCUGAAAAGGGUGAAGGACAGCGACGAUUUAGACAUCCCUAAGAGCGAAGUUGAAAAGCUGGCUGUAAACAUCGAGAGAGAGAUGUUCAACAUGUACUACACUACUGACAACAAGUACAAGAUUAAAUACAGAUCUGUCCUCUUAAGCUUAAAAGACCCCAAGAACAAGAUUCUUUUCUACCAGGUUGUGAAGGGACACAUCACACCAUUUAAACUAACCCGUCUGAGCGAUCCCGAGCUUCUGUCUGUUCAGGAAAGUGUAGCAAAUCCUUUACCGCUAAAGGAACAGCCGCCUCCUCUUUGCGCAGACACAGAGCAUCAUCCGUCGGGGUCUGAAAGCAAAAUGGUCAAAACUGAUAGCACGGCUGCAUCGUUAUCGGAGGGGAAAUUGUCUCCGGUCAGACAGGCCCAGAUGAAGAAACCCAGUACUGCUGUGUCAGACAUUAUCAGCAGCAUGCUGAAAGACACUACGGCAGAACACAAAACUCACCUCUUUGACCUCAAAUGCAGGAUAUGUACCGGUCAGAUUUCUGCUGAUGAGGACCCUGAUGCUAAGAUGCUCAAAAAGGACGAACCAAAGGUCGAACAAGAGGAGAAAAACCCAAGUGCUGUUCCUGCAUCUGAUAAAAACCUGAAAUCUGCUGGCUUUAGAGAUGAUUCCAACGUUAUGGAGUCUCCCGCUUCUCCAACCGCAGAAGACUAUAACGCACCGAAAACUCAGCCGGCCGUUUCUCCGCCUGUGAUCCCUGCAGUUUCCAUAGUGACCAUAACGAGAAGGGAUCCACGGACAGCAGGAUACCUUUCUGCAGCGUCUUCUUCUGUCGUCCCAGUAUCCGUUCCCGCUCCUGAUCCCGCCUCUGUUUCUGUUCCAGACCCACCCAAGUAUCUAACCACAAUUCCAAAUGUUAAGGAGACGGUUAAGGAACCAAAGGCAGCUGAGUGUAUGCAGCCACCAGCACCACCACUGCUUAUGCCCAAGUCCAUAUUGAUGAAGCCUUCAGCCACAUCAGUUCCAAGGUUUUACGGUUCACCGGGUCUAAACACAGGAUUGCCGAGCUCUCAUACCCCAGCCGACAGCGAGACAAUUAACUUCUUGUCCAAACAAGAUACGCUAUGGAAAGGGUUUCUCAACAUGCAGUCGGUGGCCAAGUUCGUCACAAAAGGAUGCAUAAUCUCAGGAUCUGCAGAGGUUCUCAAAAAGGACUUGCCAGAUACCGUUCACAUCGGUGGUCGGAUAUUACCGCAAACAGUUUGGGAAUAUGUUGAGAGAGUAAAGACAUCUCUAACUAAGGAGCUGUCUUUAAUUCGCUUUUAUCCAGCAUCCGAUGAAGAAGAGGUCGCGUACGUCUCCCUGUUCUCAUAUUUCAACAGCCGCAGCAGAUUCGGAGUGGUUUCUAACAUUGGCAACAAUAUUAAAGAUAUUUAUCUCAUUCCUUUACGUGCAAAUGAGCCUAUUCCUUCUGUACUUCUGCCAAUAGAAGGCCCAGGUCUCGAACAAAAUCACCCCAAUCUUCUAAUUGGCCUGGCAGUUUGUCAGAAAUCAAAGCGUCCCGGAGCACAGAUGCAAGACACCGACGAGAAAAGACCAAGAAUCCAGAUUCCACAGGAUCCUCAAGUUAUGAACCUUCCUACCAUUUCUGCAGUUAAACAUGAUGAGCCUUAUGACCCAGAUAUUGCAAUCAGCACCACUCCACCUGAAUCUCCAUCUUCUUUGAGAUCACCCAAUUUAUCUUCUUUCUCCUUAAACGCUUCAUCAGGAACAUCAGCGCUUUCUAAUAUUCAUGCUGCAGAAACUACUCCGGCGUCCACCAGCACAGUUGCAAAGAUCAUGUCUUCUAAUGUCCCACCACUUUAUGGUACCUCUUCUACCACUAAUACACCGCUCCAAACCAUUCUUAACACAAUAUUUGGUAAAAAGAAACAAAGCCCUGAUUUUGCAUUGAGCGAAACCGCUCCUACAGCAAUAAAUGAACCAGCGAUACCUUCUCCAACUGUAGACCCCAUUGUUCAACAGUAUCAUCAGGCUUCGAAGACUACGGUGGAGUUUGAUGAUAAUGAUAGACCUUAUGACCCUGAGGAAGAGUAUGACCCAGCAUUAGGAUAUCAAAAGCUUUCUCCCUUGAAACCACUUGAAAUGUCAAAACCUAAUAUGUUACCUACUGGUGCUAAGGACUGUCAUGAUGAUGAUAGACCCUAUGAUCCAGAAGAGGAAUAUAAUUUGGGGAAAAAAGUUGAUUCUAGUACUACUAUAAUAUUAUCUGCAACUGAACCAUUAUUAGGAAACUCUGCAGUGAAGGAUGAUGUGGAAUAUGAUCCAGAGGAUGACACUGUCUUUGAAGAGCUGCAGAAUUACCUUACAGAUAAUAAAUCUGCAAACUCCGAACGUGGGACGUCGUCGACCAUGUCGUUAUCCGAGCAACAGAAAAUGUUGGAAGAUUUGAACCGGCAGAUAGAGGAACAGAAGCGCCAGCUUGCGGAGCAGGAGGAAGCUUUGCGUAUUCAGAGAGCUGCCGUUGGGGUUUCCAUGGCCCAUUUUUCUGUCUCUGAUGCUCUCAUGUCACCACCACCACGUUUUGGUAGGGAACCAGACGAAGAAGCGGAAAAAACACUAACUGAUACUGCGGUUAAUCUGAAUAGAGAUGCGAGGUUGCACUUGAGGCAGAACACUGUUAAUCCUGCAGUGAUGAGUCAUAGUGAAAUUGUAAAUGAAAAAUGGGAAUGUUCUCAGAGCAGUCUGGUCAACAAUUCUCUAGAGCAUCAUUUGUCAAAAAAUGAUCAAGAUUUAUCAUUAGGUAAGUCUAAUGACAAAAGAUCCAGCAGUGUUAAUAUGACAGUGAGGAAUUCUGCGAGGAAUUCGGAAAAAAGGACACAUAUGGGUGCAUCUGAACGGCAGGAAGGAACAUCAUCAUCAUCGUCUGGUAAUAAGAAUGUUCAACACUCCCAUUCAUCGUCAGAAGAUUCAGGCAAAACGAGACAAAGUCGUUCAUCUCAGAGAAAAUAUCACAGCCCUCCCCAAAGAAGGUCGGGACAGGAGACACGUAGGUCAUACCAUGAGAAAAGAAGCUCUGAUCGGUCAAAAGACGAUGGACGGCGCAGAAGAGGUAGACGUUCUCCUGAACAGUCCUCCAGACGAAGCCGUAGUCAUAGGCGCGGGAAGGAAAGAACGUCAUCACGGGAGAGAGAGCGGCACCUUCAGAAAGGUACGUCGUCAAGACAUAGUAGUACAAGGGACAGACAGCAUUCGUCUUCAAGGUCACGUUCAACUCGGAGUAGAACAUCUCCAGAGCUGGGAAAUAAUCAGUCUGAUCAAAAAGAGAAAUCAUCAUCAAGGCAGAAGAAUGAGCCCAACACUGAAACAACAGACGGUACAAACAACGUAGCACCUAAGCUGCCUCAGAUUCAGAGUGAUACACCUCAAAAUGAGGCUUCUGGGAGUGGAGAGCCAAAAGUAACCAAGAUACAGAAAGCUGAUAUUACAAAACUUGACACUGAUCAGUCCUCCCAUACAGAGCAGCCAUCUUCUGAGCGUUCUUGUGGUACUCAAAGGAAGCAAGUGCAAUUAGAACCUAAUCAAAUCCAGAAUGACUGUACAUCCAAGGCAAAUCCAUUGCACAGAGUUGAGUUUCACAAAAACAAGCCACAUUCUGAGAAAUUGUCGAUACAUCCAGGUAGGAACAACGAGUCCCGUAACACCAGACAUCAGCAUUGUAGUCUCAGAGAAAAUGUAUUACAUAAUAGUGAGACUGAUUUUAGUCAUGGUACAGAUAAACAGUCAUUAUGGAAGGAGUCUGAACAUCUCCCUCAGAAGAUGCCUAAAAUAGAGGGGGGAGAUUUCCCAGAGACCGACGUGGUUUAUUCCAGAAAUCCUCGAAAGGUUUGGCCACAGAGGCCAUCAAAAUUACGAGGAAAUGAUCCAGAAAUGGUUUUACUCCAAAAUCAGAAAAGUAAUUUCUUAAUGGAUGAUAAGUUACAUUCUGGAGACCUUACACAACAAGGGGUUCAGUCAGUUGAAUGUGUUGAUUUGCCACAAUUGGAAAGCCAUGUACAAAGAAAUAUCCAUCCUAGAGAUGAAUUCAGGCCAAGAGCACCCGAGGUUCAGUGGAGAGGCCCACAUCAUAGGAUGGGUGGUCCGAGAGGCCCAACCCAUUCCAGGAUUCCCAGAGCUCCACACCCUGAGCGUUUUGAAGGCUGUAGACUUGCAGGUCCAAGAGGUCCAAGGCCAAGGAUAUUUGAUGAUUGUGGGUCAUGUACAGACUUUGUACCAAGGGGUCCAACUUCUUCACCUGGGCUUCGAAGAUUUAGACUAAGGGGGCCAAGCCCAGUUCCUUCACCUCACUCUUCUGGACCUAAGGGACGAGUCCUAAGACCUGGAAUGUUUGAGGCUCCUGAACCACAAAGUUUUGGGCCUAGAGAUGAAUUCUCAGAUCCUGAUAUGUACGAUGGUUCAUUUACCUUUGCAGGGUCAACACAAAGAGAGUUUGACCGAAGAGACCCUCAUUUAGAAGAUGUUGAUAAUUCAUGGGCAUGUAAUGUACCUCAUCAGGUUGAUAGAGAACCAUUUUUAGAAUUUAGACACCCUAGAGGACGUGGCCCACCUCAACAGUAUCAUGAAAAUAUGUUUGACAGUAGAGAUUCAGAGCAAAUGAAUUUUAAUGAUUCAAGACACCGUAAUCUUCCAUUUGAUGAGGAAGAAAUAGGGCACCUACCACUUCAGCAUUCAGAGGAUCCAAGGGAUUAUGCUCACAAUUUUGCUAAUGAAAGUUUCCUAAAUCCACAAGAACCAAGAGGUCAUCAAAAUCUGACUCCUCAUCCUGUGCGAACCAGGAGUCCAGCACAUGCUAGGAACCGUCCACAAAGAGCUCGCCAGUUCGAUGAAUGCAGAGAUCAAGCAAUGGAAUUAGAAACAGAGGAACCGCAUUUUGCAAAGCCUGAUAUUUUUGAAGAUAGUAUAGGUUGCGAAUCAGCUACUGAACUGAAAGUUAGGCGCUUUAACCGCCCUCAAAAUAUCAGGGCACCAAGAGCCCCGUCACCUCAUUUUCAUGACAAAAGGAUGCCUUCACAACGGAACACAGACUUGCACAAGGAUAAACCAUGUUCUUCACAAUUGUCAUUGCUAUCCACCCCCAAACCUCCAGGGGCAAAGGUGCCUAAUGCAAUUCAGCACCAGAACCCGAUGCAACCACGUAUCCGGUUCGAUACCCCAACCAAGGAACCAGGUAUUCGCCCUUUGAGGCUCUCUGGACCUUUGCUCCCAACACCCCCUGGAGGUCCAAUAAGAUUUUACAAACCUUAGCAUUUAGAGACCUUAUCUUCAUGAGUUGCCUCAGCGUUCUCACUCUAGAGGACCCAUGGGUGAUCUUAAUAAUGAUCAAGAAGGAUUAACCUGUCAGCGUUUCUUUCAAGAAGGAGAAAUGGAAGAGUUAGUAGCCAAAGAGGAAGAAUACGGUCAUCAGUUUCAAGAGGCAGGAAGAAGGAAUUGUACUGCCAGAAGUGGUCGCACUAGACCAGAGGAUUCAGGAGAAAGAGGGAUUUGUUGAGACAUGGAAAUUAACAGCGAUACAGAUAUCAAAACAGGCAUUGAGAAGCAUUAGUAUAUGGUCUUAGUCCAGAGGUAAUGCAAGCGAGUCAUGCACUGAUUGGUUAUAGAAUUGAGAUUAUUCUCGUAUAGCCAAAGGAAAAACAAAUAAUGACUGACUGAUAGCUUAAAAGCAGAGUUCAUAUGAAAAUGGUGAAUAUGCUGAAAUGCUUUGUUAGCAACUACACAAGUUUAGUGUUUGUGGUUAAAAUCACAUUCUUUAGUUUACUUCUUAAUAAUUAAUAACAAGAAAUCUCUGUAUUCGGUUGUCAACCUUUUUUAUGUCAGACAAAAAAAAAAACAGUCUGUGAAGCAUUUAGUUGACUUUUGCUUUUUCUUUGUAGCAACAUCACUGAAACAUUUGUCUCGAGGGGGGGGGAGUUUGUUUCUGAGAAAUUCUUUGACACUGAGUUUCCAGUUUAUUAUGCAUUAUAUCUGUAUACCAAAUAAACUCAAAACAGUGUAUAUAUGUAUAGAUGGAGUUGUCAGUUUUUGUAGGUGUACAGAUUUAAUUACAAAUAAAUUGUGAAUUCUG